AUAUAACCUAGUGGUGCUCUGGUCGGUUUCUGCGAAUGGAAGGCUAGGAAAUGAAACGUAAUGGCCUACACUUAAUGUGAAUUGCGCUUAAGCUCGUCUGUUAAACAAUUCUAAGGCUAAUUGAUUAAUUGAAUGUCGCGACGGUCUUCAUAUUCUUCUUUUUAUUGUGACUUUCCAAGACGGUGUACAUGCGUCAGCAAUAGGGGGAGGAGAAACUCUCAAUCGGGGGGAAAUAGUCAAAUUUAGGGCGGAGUAGGCUUCAGGCAGAAAACCAAAAUAAGCUUUCAGUUUUGUACCGUCGCUAGACUGCCCAAAUCAAAAAUCGAACAUUUACAGAAUACUUUCUUGGAUUACCAAAACUAGCAAACCACCAGAUUGGUAGAUUUCAGAUGUACCGAUAGGCGGUUCUUUCUUCCACAUCCACCUGUGCGUUUGCCCGAUGCUCUGAUUGUCCCAUCUUUGAAGGCAAUCCCUGGCGUGUGAGAGAGAACAAGUCAACCCUUGAUUGAAACGAACUGUGCAUCAUCAUGUCUGCGCCAGGGUACCCUUCACCUCAUCAGGGUCCUUACCCCAUGCCUCAACCUGAUGGAUAUUCCAUGCCCCCAUACCCUAUGUCCCAGCCAGGUUACGUUGACCCUGGCCAGGCACCCCCGCCUGGGUUUCAUAUGGGUUACCAGCCCAGCCCAGACCAGCCAGUCAUGUACCAGCCUGGUCCAGUCAGCCCCGGUCCACCCAUGCAACUGCAUGAGUACGGAGGAGGACCUCCAGGACCAGCGGCCCCCCAAUACCAGCCCUCACCUGCUGCAGCGGUGGCUCCAAUGUCAGUACCAGUGGGGGUGCCACCAGGUCUGGAGUACCUCACACAGGUGGAUCAGAUUUUGAUACAUCAGAAAGUAGAGCUUAUGGAAGCGUUCAUUGGCUUUGAGACCAACAACCAGUAUGAGAUCAAGAACAGCUUGGGCCAGAAGAUCUACAAGGCUAAGGAGAAGAAUGACUGCUGUACACGCAACUGCUGUGGCGCGCUGCGCAGCUUCGACAUGAAGAUUAAGGACGUCAAUGACCGUGAGGUCAUCCGGUUGAUUCGGCCCUUCCGUUGUGUUUCCUGCUGGUGCCCCUGCUGCCUCCAAGAGAUGGAGGUACAAGCACCGCCUGGUACCACCAUUGGCUAUGUUAGCCAGGACUGGCACCCUUGCUAUCCCAAAUUCUCUAUCCUUGGCCCAAACCGUGAGACUGUGAUGAAAUUAGAGGGGCCAUGCCUUGCCUGCAACUGCUGUGGAGAUGUGAACUUUGAGCUGAAGGGGAAGGAUGGGGGGAAAAGUAUUGGCCGCAUCAGUAAGCAGUGGAGUGGUCUGCUCAAAGAGGUGUUCACAGACACGGAUAACUUUGGGAUCCAGUUUCCCCUGGACAUGGACGUCAAAAUGAAGGCCGUGCUGAUGGGAGCGUGCUUUCUCAUUGAUUUCAUGUUCUUUGAGAAAGUUGGGGAAACCAAUCAGCGCAACACUGUUUUCUCUUAAGAGGAUGAGAAGAGUGGGAAAGAGAAUCGGCUCAUAUCGCCUUUCCCUGAAGAUGCGGUCACGCUCUCUCUCUCCCGUCCAUGCGCCAUCUCACCAUUCCCAAAAGAGAUGGCACACUCUACACACCCUUAUUUCCCCCUACUCUAUGCUAGGGUAUUACAGUGGCACCAUUUCCACCUUUUAUAUCAGUUUAUUAUUUACCACAACUACUGCCUUUUUAUAGUCAUUUUUAUUUACCAAAUAACAUGAAGGUUUCUUUGAAAUACUAAAGAUUUUUUUAUACUAUUUACCUGAAAGAACCAUUUUAUGUAAUAACCAUGCAAAGAUGUCUGUUAUCCGGGAGAAAUGUCAGGUUUGGUAGGAGUUGAGAAGUUGGUGUGUUCAUGUACUUAUUUUUUACGUUUGUUGUGUAUAUAUAUUAUACGUAGGAGUAGGUGUGUCAUGUUGGGAGGUUGUGUAGGUUUGUAUCUGCUAGGAAUGCAGGCUGAGGGUGGAAAGAGAAAUCUUGUGUGAGUCACUCUAUCCUGUAAGGUCACUGAACUGGGUGUUGUUCUAAUGCGGAGUUAGAGUGUAAAGGAGGAAGGAGAGAGUUUGCGUGUGUGUGUGUGUGGAGGCUGUGGCGGUGGGGGUCUAAGUUGGUAAUAACACUGUUCUGGAGGCAUGCCCAUAUUCUCAACCAGGAAUGCUGCACAUUAUGACAGGCUUUAACGUGUUGGGAUCAUAGGGUGUGGGAACGUCCACAUGUGUAGCCAAAAAGAAACGGUGUCCAUCUGUUUUGUGUGCAGGGACUGUAAGCACCAUGAAGCGAGGGCGAUAUUACGGCGGCUGUUAUGAAGGUUGUAUUUGGUCUGAAAGGCUCGCUCCCCAAAUCAGCUUGUUGUCAAGGGUGAAGAGUGGUUCUUGUGUGUUUACAAAACAAACCUUUCAAACGUGUGGAAUAAUGACAUACACGGGAGCGGAGGGAGAGGCCAAGUAAAGAUUCCGAUCAUGAGACCCACAGCUGCAGCCAACAGAGCAGGAUGAACGUGCUAUCUGUCCACCUUGAAUGCCUUUAGAAACCACCCUCAUCAGGGCACUUUAAGAUAAGAUACUGAUGCUUGGGUCAUCUCGUUAGACUAGAUCGAGCUGUUGGUUUAGUUAAAUGAUUGAAAUAAAGCCAAAAAAAAAACAGUGAAAUUAUA